GUGUGAUUGGCAGACGGAGCUCGCGACGACGGUUGAUCGUCCGCGAGGGGCUCGAGACGACGGUUGCUGCUCGCCCACCCGCUCUCCAGCCGCAGGACGACAGCGACGAACAAUGGCUGCGCUGCUCCGGACGAAGGAGCCCGAGUUGGACUCAGCUCGACAGAGCCAGCAGUCCGACCCCAUCCCUGUGCUGACACUCACCCACUUUGCCCGCGUACCCCACGUCUCCUUCGGCACGGUGCGGACGGGCCGGUCGAGGGUCGAGCGCCUGGCCGUGGACAACCCCGACAUAUCGCCGCUCCGGGUCACCGUCGAGCGGCUCUCCGACUGCAAGGGCUUCGAGCUCAGCCAGCGGGACUUCGUAGUGCAGCCAGCAGAAAGAUAUUAUCUUUCCAUAACUUGGACACCUGUGGAAGCGGGAGGAGUCCGGGAGACAGUGACAUUUCGUGUUGGUUGUGUAAAACUACUUUGCAUUCUUUUGGGCAAGGCAGAAGACCUACCCAAAAAAAAGAGAAGCCUUUGGGAAUCAAUUAAAGACAAGAAGGUUUCGGAAAGUACUAUUCGGUUGAAACAGAAAAUAAAUUCUUCAAUAGCCAGCAAGACAAUUAUUAUAUCACAGAAAAAAGAUUAUAUGACAAUUGGACGACCUCUAAGUCCUCUUCAGGCAUGUGAAAACUUUGGACCAGUUAGCAACCCUGCAGAUACUUUAGAGUAUGACAAUCAUGAGAUAAUGCAUCUCUCACCAAUACUACCGCCAUGCCAAAUAAAAGAACUUGAAAAUUGUACUCCACAAUCACUUACAAGAUUUGCCACCUGCCCUGUCUGUAAAGGUAAAGAGAUGUCAUCGCCAAUGAAGCUGGGUGCUGUGAAAAUGCCUGAUGAAUUGUGUGCAUCUGAGAUUGUGAAUUCUAGGCUGAAUUUGGAGUGUCAAUCAGCAAAAUUAUCUUCUACUAGAACAUCUCAAAAAUGUUUUUGCACUUCUCCUCAAACUCCUGUUAAUAAACGGCGGAUUUUAAGCCCUGAUUCUUUUGUAAAUAACAGUUAUAUCCCGGAUGAAGAUGCUGAACCAGUUGUUGUGUCAUCAGUCCUAUCACCAGAUCAAUUUCUGAAGGAUGCAAGGAUGCGAAUGGAUCAGCCUUGGUUAAGUCAAGAUAAAUCUGUCAAAGCCUCCUCCAUUGAAAAUGUGAAAUCUGGAAAUUCUUUACUACAGGAAAGUAGUCCAUGGUUUAUGUUAAAGCCUGAAUCACCUGUUAGAGAUGUAGAAGAACUGAAACCUGCUGAAUUAAGAUUAACCUUUUUUGUUAAUUCUAAAACCCCUGAUCUCCCUCGGAAUUCACAGGUAUGUGGACACCAGUUCACUGCUCAAACCAAGAUGCUCCCUGUUUUGACAACUACAGAUAUAACAAAUACUGUUGUUCACUCUGAGUUGGAAAACAAAGUUAAAUUUUCAUGUGAUCAUUUUGUGGAAGUCAACUCUCAUUUUCAAUCAAGGUCUGUUGUUGGUGUUGAGAGUAAAACUGGCAACAGAAACACUAAAAUUGCUAACAGGUCAUCCCUUCCAAGCAGAAUAAGAAAAAAAUCAGAAUAUUUGUCAAAUAAUGGAUAUGAAAAGGAUAUUGAUACCAAUAAAAGAAAGUCUAAGUGUGUUGGACAAUCUAGUAGUAAGACAAAUGUAAAAAACACAUUUUCAAGAUACACAAACGGAGGAGGAAAACGGAUCCAGAAAAGAAAAUCUGUUUCUCAAGUCAAGUCUUUCACUGCUCAAGUGAACCGUGGUAAACUUAUGCCUGGUGUUGGACAGUCACAAUUAACUUUCAGAAAAUUGAUUAAGACUGUUAUUCCAAGACAUCCACUGCCAUUUGCUGCGAAAAACAUGUUUUAUGAUGAACGUUGGAAAGAGAAGCAGGAAAGAGGAUUCAAGUGGUGGUUAAAUUUUAUUCUUACUCCAGAUGACUUUGCAGUGAACACUGAGUCCUCCAGAGUGAAUACUGCUACAUUAUUCAUGGGUUCUGAGACACAGCACCACAAAAUGAGUGUUUCUUCAGCACCAACUAAAGAAGAAAUGUCAUUGAGGGCAUACACUGCAAAAUGUAGACUCAACCAUCUCCGCCGUGCAGCCUGCAGAUUAUUUACAUCUGAAGGGAUGGUCAAAGUUAUACAGAAACUGGAAGCAAAUAUUGAGGCGAAUCAUCUCCUUGUGCGGAAAGAUCGCUGUCUCUGGAAAGACUUGGGACAUCGACAGAAAAUCCUCAAAUGGCUUUUAUCAUAUAAUCCACUGUGGCUACGAAUUGGACUAGAGUGUGUCUUUGGUGAAAUGCUUCCAUUGGAAAGCAACAGUGAUAUUACUGGAUUAGCCAGGUUCAUUUUAAAUCGCUUGCUUUGGAAUUCGGAUAUAGCAGCAGCAUAUAGACAUCCAACAGUGCCACAUUUAUAUUGUGAUGAGCACCAAGAGAUUUUGGCACAAUUCACUCUGAAGAAAUUCCUGCUUCUAGUUUGGUUUCUGGACUGUGCCAAGCAAUCUAGAUUAAUAGAUCAUGAUCCAUGUCUUUUCUGCAAAGAUGCUGAGUUUAAGACCAGCAAAGACCUGUUAUUUGCCUUCUCGAGAGAUUUCCUCAGUGGUGAAGGAGACAUUUCCCGGCAUCUUGGUUUCCUAGGGUUGACAGUCAGUCAUUGUCAGACACCACUUCAUGAAUUUAAAUUUGAAGUCACCAAUCUUGCUGUCGAUCUUCGAUGUGGUGUUCGUUUGGUGCGAGCAAUGGAGCUUCUUACUGAAAACUGGCACCUGUCAAAGCAGCUAAGGGUCCCAGCAAUCAGUCGACUGCAGAAACUGCAUAAUGUAGCUGUUGCAUUGAAUGUCCUAAAAACUCGAGUUGAUCUGAAAGAUGAACGGGGUAAUGAUAUAGAUUCUAGAGAUAUAGUGGAUGGAAAUCGGGAAAAGACGUUAGCACUGUUAUGGCGAAUCAUCUUUGCUUUUCAGGUGGAGAUUUUGCUAAAUGAAGAUCAAUUGCGAGAAGAAAUUGAAUUUCUGAAAAAAGCUUUGGACACAUCACGUAAAAUGGCUGCUCUGCAUUCUCUGGCUGUUCUGCCCCACCCAAAGAAAGAUCAAGACCUCAGCUGCAUGCCUGAAAAAUAUAGCCCACGGAUCACUUUGUUGAUAAAUUGGAUAAAUGCUGUAGGCGCAUAUUAUGGUGUGAAAGCUGAGAAUUUCACAGUCCCGUUUUCUGAUGGCAGAAUUUUUUGUUACCUGAUCCAUCAUUACCAUCCUAGCCUUUUGGCUGUGGACAAAAUCUGUCAGCGAACCACUCAGACAGAAGAAUAUGCAGAGCGUGGUACAGUGGCAAUUGAUACAUCAACUAGUGAAUCUGAAAAUUCCAUUGAUGCCAUACUUGCAAACUCAUUACCUUCAGCCAACAUCUAUGAAGAACUGUUGAUAAAUGAAAAGAAGAAUUUUAAUUUAGUGACUACUGCUGUUGCAGACCUUGGAGGAAUCCCAGCUAUGAUACGGCAUGUGGAUAUGUCAAACACCAUCCCAGAAGAGAAGGUUGUUAUCACUUAUGUCUCAUUUCUUUGCGCUCGUCUUCUCGACCUACGAAAAGAAGCAAGGGCUGCCAGAAUCGUACAGGCUGCUUGGAGGAAAUAUAAGCUAAACUGUGAGCUUCAGCUUUUGAAGGAGAAAGAGAAAGCUGCGUGCCUUAAUCAGACAGCAGUGCGUAGGUUUUUGCAUCGGCAACAGGUCAAGAAAAGAAACAAGGCUGCUAUUAUUAUACAAGCUACCUGGCGUAGCCAUGUGGUGAGACAGAAGACUAAAGCACUGGUGAUGCUCAAGAUUCAAGCAGUUCAGAAUGAAGCAGCAACAGUUCUUCAGGCCUACUGGAGAGGAUACGUUAGAAGAAGGUAUUUUCAGAGAGCACGGCGAUUUUGCAUUUGCAUGCAAAAAUACAUUAGGAUGAAAAUUGCAGUUGCUUCUUAUAAACAAACUUUACAGGCUGCUGUUACCCUUCAGAGGCAUUUCAGAGCACAUCUGCUGUGUGUCUCUGAGCAAAAGAAUUACUUAAGAUUGAGGGCUUCAGCUAUUACAUUACAGUCCGCAUUUAGAAGGUGGCAAGCUCACAAAAUGGAAAAGCAGAUCAAGGCAGCAGUGGUACUGCAGAAAUACACAAGGGGAUUUCUCUCCCGAAGCAACAGACUUCAACGCUCCAUAUCCUUGUUGCAAGCACAUGCUAAAGGAUAUCUCAUAAGAACUGAAAUGCGCAGGAGGAAAAAUGCUGCUAUUACCCUAAAGAAAUAUAUACAGGCUUAUGUUACAGGAAAGCACGAAUACGAAUCUUAUCAGAGACUCAAGUGGUCUGCCAGAGUAAUUCAAACUUCUUAUCAUCACUUAAAAGUCAGAAAGCUUGAUCGUCAAAAUAAGUCAGCUAUACUCAUCCAAUCAACAUUUAGAAUGUACAAGCAACGAAAAAGAUAUGUUGCCGUCCAGAAAGCUGCUGUGGUCAUGCAGUCUUCAAUAAGGAUGCACUUGGCUCAAACUAGGUUCCUUCAGUACCGGCAAGCCGCAGUUACCAUUCAAAGGCACUUCAGAGCUAAACGACAGGGGCAGAAAGAGAUGCAGCACUAUCUGAAACUUCGGCAAGUAGCUAUGAAAAUUCAAGCAACUUUUCGGGAACAGCAGACACAAACAGAAGCCAGUAAAAAACAAGCUGCUGUUACAAUACAAUCUUGGUACCGAAUGCACAGAGGAAAACACAAAUAUCUAUAUGCCAAAAAAAGUUGCAUUAAAAUCCAAUCAUGGUUUAGAUGCUGCAUGACACAACGAGCCUUUCAUUCCAAGAAAACUGCAGCAUUUAUCAUUCAAAAAUAUUAUAGAGCUUGCAGAGAAAGUAAAGCUCAACGUGAGAAAUAUGUAUUAAUUCUCAAGGCAACAAUAACUAUACAAGCUUGCUUUCGUGGUAUGAGCAUUCGUCAGCUUGCCAGAAAAAUGAAGGCUGCACGAGUUAUUCAGUCAUAUUGGAAAAUGAGAAGAGAGCGAUUGAAGUUUUUGUACUAUAGACAAUGUAUUAUUACACUGCAGGCCCAUGUGCGAAGGUCAUGUGCUCAGAAGAGAUACCACUCAGUGAAAAUAGCAACCUGGGCAUUGCAGGCCCAUUUUAGAACUAUUUUAGCUCAGAAGAAAGCACAAGCUGAGUAUAGGACGGUGAGGUCUGCUGCUAUUGUCUUACAGUCUGCAUUCAGGCGGUUACAAACAAGAAGACAAAUUUGCCUGUCGCAGUCAGCUGUGAAGAUCCAGUCUGCAUUCCGUGCAUAUAUUUCACGAAAGAAAUUCCUGCAAAUUAAAAAUGCAGCAGUCAAAAUUCAGGCCUCUGUAAAAAUGAUCCAAGCACAAAAUUAUUACAGAUCGCUUAAAAAGGCUGCAACAUGUAUCCAGAGACGUUACCGGGCUAACAAGCUAUGUUUCGAAAAGCGAAAAGAAUAUCUGAGAAAAAAGGAAGCUUGUAUAUAUCUUCAGUCUGCUAUUAGACGGCACCUUGCUCAAAAGCAUUUGUAUUUGUGUCGACAAGCUGCAAUUAAAAUUCAAUCAGUGUUCAGAAUGCAUAGACUAAGAAGCCAAUACCUUAGGAUUCAUCUUGCUGCAGUCAUAAUUGAAAGAAGAUUCCAUGCCUACCAGGAAGGAACUUAUCGAAGGCAGAAGUUUCUAAGAACCAAAAGAGCAGUAAUAUGUUUGCAGGCAGCAUAUAAAGGUUAUAGUGUUUGCAAACAGAUAAAUCUUCAACAUAAAGCAGCUAGCAAAAUCCAAGCAGUUUUUAGAGGGCAUACUGCAAGAGUAAAGUACUUGGCAAUGCAAAACGCUGCUAUUGCAAUCCAGAAUUGGUACAGAAGUUACAAAGUUGGACAACAGCAGCGGUUUAAGUACCUUGAGAUUAAGGCAUCAGUGAUUAUUCUUCAAGCAGUGUUCCGUGGAUUAUCUGCAAGGGAAAAACUACAAGUGCAAUACAAAGCCGCAGUGACCAUUCAAACUGCCUUCCGAAGGUUUAGGGCACAGACCCAGUUUGGAGUGUUAAAAGGUGCUGUAGUAACUGUUCAAAUUCAUUUUAAAGCAAAGUUGUUGACAAGAAAAGAACGUUGUGCAUACCUGACAAUGCGCCAAUCAGCAAUAACACUCCAAGCAGCUUAUAAAGGUAUUAUUGCAAGGAAAGAAUUUAGAAGGAAACGGAAGGCUUGUAUUGUAAUACAAGCGUCUUUCAGAAUGCACAAAAUCUGCGUAGAAUUUCAAACUAGGAGACGGGCAGCACUGAUCAUACAAGAGAAAUUCAGAGCUCACAUUCAAAGCAAACGUCAACGGCAACAAUAUCUAAAUAUGAAAGUAGCUGCAGUGUUGCUGCAAGCUGCAUUUCAUGCCAUGAAAGUCCGGAAACAGCUGGAAGAAAUGCACAAAGCUGCAACAAUUAUACAAAGUGUAACUAAAUCUUUCCUGGCUAAGAGGCACUACAACAAUCUUAAAACUGCUUCAAUCAUUCUGCAAAGGCAGUUUAGAGCUUUGGUACUGACCAGACAGCAGCGAGAAAUCUAUCUGUGUAUUCGCAGGGCAACGCUCUCUAUUCAAGCUGCCUUUAGAGGUAUGAAGGUACGGAGAGAGAUCCGGGACAAACAGAAGGCAGCAACUGUAAUCCAAGCAGCAUAUAGAAUGCACAGAGUACACCUUCCAUACAGGGCAAUGAGAUUGGCAGCUAUAAUACUACAAACCCAUUAUAGGGCACACCUUCAAAUGAAAACUGAUCGCAAAAAUUACAUGAAGAUCCGCGGCAGUGUUUUGCUAUUUCAGGCUAACUAUCGAGGAAUGGUUAUUCGAAAGCAUUUACAGUGCAUGCACAAAUCUGCCAGGGUCAUACAGACUUAUUAUCAAAUGCAUAAACAGCGGCAGUAUUUCAAGAAACUGCAUUGGGCGGCAACUGCUAUACAGCAACGAUACCGAGCUUGUCAGAUAAGAGAUGUCCAUGUGAGACAGUAUAAUAGUUUGAGAGAAGCAGCGGUUUGUAUUCAAGCUGCUUUCCGUGGCAUGAAGACAAGGCAGCAACUGCAAAGAACUCACCUAGCUGCAACAGUUAUCCAGAGAAGAUUCCGAGCUUUUGUUGACCGGAAAAAAUACCUGUUACUCAGAACUGCAGCUUUAGUAAUCCAACAGCGGUACAGGGCACAUGUACUGGCCAGAAGUAAAAUGCAAAUGUACAUUACGAUCCAGAGGGCAACGCUAUCUAUUCAAGCUGCCUUCUGGGGUAUGAAGGUACGGAGAGAGAUCCAGGACAAACAGAAGGCAGCAACAGUAAUACAAGCAGUAUAUAGAAUGCACAGAGUAUACCUUCCGUACAGGGCAAUGAGAUUGGCAGCUAUAAUAAUACAAACCCAUUACAGGGCACACCUUCAAAUGAAAACUGAUCACAAGAAUUACUUGAAGGUGCACAGCAGCGUUUUGCUGCUUCAGGCUGCCUACCGAGGAAUGGUUGUUCGAAAGCAUUUGCAGUGCAUGCACAAAUCUGCCAGGAUCAUACAGACUUACUAUCAAAUGCAUAAACAGCGGCAGUAUUUAAAGAAACUGCACUGGGCGGCAACUGCUAUACAGCAACGAUACCGAGCUUGUCAGAUAAGAGAUGCUCACGUACGAAGGUAUCGUACUCUGAAAAGAGUCACAGUUUGUAUUCAAGCGGCUUUCCGCGGAACAAAGGCAAGGCAGCAACUCCAAAGAACUCGUGUAGCUGCAACAGUUAUCCAGAGAAGAUUCAGAGCUUUUGUUGACCGGAAAAAAUACCUGUUGCUUAGAACUGCAGCUUUAGUAAUCCAACAGCAGUACAGGGCAUGUGUGCUGGCCAGAAGUCAAAUGCAAAUGUACAUUACGAUCCAGAGGGCAACGCUAUCUAUUCAAGCUGCCUUCAGGGGUAUGAAGGUACGGAGAGAGAACCGGGACAAACAGAAGGCUGCAACUGUAAUACAAGCAGCAUUUAGACGGCACAGAGUACACCUUCCUUACAGGGCAAUGAGAUUGGCAGCUAUAAUAAUACAAACCCAUUACAGGACACACCUUCAAAUGAAAACUGAUCACAAGAAUUACUUGAAGGUACGCAGCAGCGUUUUGCUGCUUCAGGCUGCCUACCGAGGAAUGGUUAUUCGAAAGCAUUUGCAGUGCAUGCACAAAUCUGCCAGGGUCAUACAAACUUAUUAUCAAAUGCAUAAACAGCGGCAGUAUUUAAAGAAACUGCACUGGGCGGCAACUGCUAUACAGCAACGAUACCGAGCUUGUCAGAUAAGAGAUGUCCAUGUGAGACAGUAUAAUAGUUUGAGAGAAGCAGCAGUUUGUAUUCAAGCUGCUUUCCGUGGCAUGAAGACAAGGCAGCAACUCCAAAGAACUCAUGUAGCUGCAACAGUUAUCCAGAGAAGAUUACGAGCUUUUGUUGAACGGAAAAAAUACCUGUUACUUAGAACUGCAGUUUUAGUAAUCCAACAGCGGUACAGGGCACAUGUACUGGCCAGAAGUCAAAUGCAAAUGUAUAUUACGAUCCAGAGGGCAACGCUAUCUAUUCAAGCUGCCUUCAGGGGUAUGAAGGUACGGAGAGAGAUACAGGACAAACAGAAGGCUGCAACAGUAAUACAAGCAGUAUAUAGAAUGCACAGAUUAUACCUUCCGUACAGGGCAAUGAGAUUGGCAGCUAUAAUAAUACAAACCCAUUAUAGGACACACCUUCAAAUGAAAACUGAUCACAAGAAUUACGUGAAGGUACGCAGCAGCGUUUUGCUGCUUCAGGCUGCCUACCGAGGAAUGGUUGUUCGAAAGCAUUUGCAGUGCAUGCACAAAUCUGCCAGGAUCAUACAGACUUACUAUCAAAUGCAUAAACAGCGGCAGUAUUUAAAGAAACUGCACUGGGCGGCAACUGCUAUACAGCAACGAUACCGAGCUUGUCAGAUAAGAGAUGCCCACGUGAGACAUUAUAAUAGUUUGAAAAAAGCAGUUGUUUGUAUUCAGGCCUUCUACCGCGGGAUCAAAGCCAGAGAAUUGGUUGAAAAAAUUAAGGCAGCACGCCAAAUUAAUUCAUUCUUAAUGAUGUGCGUCACAAGAAAACAUUUCUUGAUUCAAAAGGCGGCUAUAAUCACUCUGCAAGCUUCAUUCCGUGGAUACCGAUCAAGGGUACGCUACAGAGCUAUGCGUCAAGCAGCCAUUAUGAUCCAGAGAUGGUACAAGGCAUGCAAAAUAGGGCAUUCCCAGUUUGUGCAAUAUCAGUCAAUGAGGUAUGCAACCAUUACCAUUCAGGCUGCCUACAAGGGUAUGUUGGUUAGGCAGUGGGUUAAGCAAAAGCGGGCUGCUGUAAAAGUUCAGUCAGUACUCCGUAUGAUCUGGUAUAGGAAAGACUUCCUCAAACUGAAAUCUGCUGCAAUUGUAGUGCAGUCUCACUACCGUGCUUAUGAAACCAGAAAACUAUACAGAGCACACAUCAAAGCCACUCUUGUAUUGCAAAGACAAUAUAGAUCCUACUUCUUAAUGAAGAACCAGAGAUGUGCUUACUUAACAUUCCGGAAGACAGUCAUCAGCCUUCAAGCCAGAAUACGAGGAUUUAUUGUACGAAGAAGCUAUAAAAAACUUCAUCGGGGUAUCACGAAAAUUCAGGCUUGUUAUCGUGGAAAGAAACAGAGGCAAGUAUUCCUUUGCUACAAGGAAGCAGCAUGUGUGAUACAACAACACUACAGAGCUUAUUGUGAAGGAAAGGUUGAACAAGAAAAAUACUUCAAAAUGAAACAUGCUGCUUUCAAAAUACAGGCUUCAUACCGUCGAUACCAAGUUAGGAAAACAACUGCUGCAUCAAAAAUUCAGGCUUGGUUUCGGUGCCAAGUUUUACGUCGACAGUACAAGGCCUUUCUUGCUUCAAUUAUUUUCAUCCAAAGGCAUUUCAGAGCAAAGCAGGAUAGAUCCAGGUUUCUAAAAAUCCAAGUUGCCACAAUUGUUAUUCAACGUAGAUGGAAAGUGGCUGUGGCAGAAAGGAAAUUGGAGCAUGCAAAACGCACAAGAGCCAAGGCAGCUGUCAAAAUCCAGGCCUUUUGCAAAGGAUGGAAAGUCAGAAACCAAAUGAUCAGGAAACAUGAAGCAGCUUCUCUAAUUCAACUUAAAUUUGGAGCUUAUACCCAAAGAAAGAAGUUCCUUCAGCAAAGAAAGGCUGCAAUGGUUAUACAGAGACAAUACCGAGCAUGGCAUCUUGCACAAAUUGAAAAGGCGAAAUACAAUAAAAUUAGGAAGUUGGUGAUUUGCUUGCAGUCCCUUUGUCGUGGGUGGUUGGUUCGUCAAAAGCUUGCUGAGAAAAAAGCAGCACAAAGGAGGCUUUGUUUCAUUGCUGUUGCAUAUCACAAUAUUUGCGCUAUUAAGAUUCAGAAAGCAUUCAGAGACUAUAUGGCUCUUAAACGUGCGAAAGACAAGAUCAACUCAGUCAUUUAUAUUCAGAGAUGGUUCCGGACUUGGCUGCAACGCAGCCAAUAUAUCAAUGAACGUGAAAAGAUCAUUGUAUCACAGCGGAUUGUGAAAGCUUGGCUGUUGCGACGACACAGAGCAGCUGUUGUCAUUCAGAAAUCUGUCAGGAAGUUUCUUUUUAAAAUCCAUGCAAAGAGAACUUGCCGUGGAAUUAUCAGAAUGCAGGCUGUGUGGAAAGGAUAUUGGUUGCGUAAGAAAAUGAGCAAUCCUCAAAUCAUUGCGAUCAGACACCGCAUACAACAGGCCAAUCAGAACAGCCAUGAGGAUCAGAAAUUAUGCAACAGAACGGCUGUGGCUGUGGAUCACAUUCUUAAAUAUAAACAUUUCUCCUCCAUUCUUGCAGCCUUACAGCAUUUAGAAGUUGCAACCAGGCUAUCUGCAGCUUGUUGUGAAAAUCUUGCUCAAAGUGGAGCAACACCUAUUAUUUUCACAUUGAUUAGAAGUUGUAACCGCAGUGUGCCCUGUAUGGACGUCAUUAAACAUGCAAUUCAAGUUCUUUUCAAUCUUUCAAAGUAUGAGAAAACUGCUUCAGUGGUUUAUGAAGUGGACAGUUCUGUGGAUACCUUACUCGAUCUGUUGUACAUGUACAGAGGGAAAGCGGGUGAUAAGACGUCUGACAAAUGUGGCAGCAUUUUUACAAAGGUUUGCUGUUUACUUGCCAUUCUGUCACAGGAGUCAACCAAGGCAUUGGAGGUUCGUAGCAUGCCCAAAGCAGCAGAUCGAAUCAGAAGUAUUUACAAGCUAACAGAGAGGAAACAUACUAUGGAUGCAAACAGAAUAAACGUUAAGCAACGGAUGCAAACCCCUCACAAUGGUAGUUUAUAUAUUCCAGCCACUCCAGUGCGAACAAGAGCAGUUUCUAAAUUAAAACCAGACUGGGUCUUGAGGAGAGACAAUGUGAAAGAAGUUGUGGAUCCUUUAAAAGCCAUUCAGUUAGUAGUGGAUACACUCGGAAUUUCUAUUUAAAAUCUUAAGAAUAAGGAAAAUGUUGAUUUUACUGCUAGAUAUAUUCCUAUAAAUGUGUAUGCAAAAAUAAUCUUUGAAACAUUUCCAAUUUGUAUUGCUUGUAUAUUGCCAAAAUUGGAUAUAUAUGGUUUGGUUAUCCCAGAGGCUUUUGUAUACGUGUGAUUCAUCAUGUUAUUGUCCAUCUUUAAUCUCAUAAAUAAUGAAGAUGGCAUUAUUUCAAUGAGCUGUUUUUUAAGUUUAACAAUAUUUUUAACUGUUUCUUUGUAUAGUUUGUUUAAAAAGUGACAUAUUUGCAUCUUAAGGAAAAGAAAUAAAUGUUUCCAAUAUUGCAACCAAUGUGGUAAAGACAAA